CCCAAAUUAAUUUGAUUUUGCAUUAUUUGUUGCUUUUGCUUUUUUGGUGUGCAUCACUAAUUACUUUUCUUUGUAGGAUCUUUCUAUAAACUAAGCACAAUCAAUAAAAUAUACGAGAUCCUAAUUUAAUGGUUUCGGUUUUUUUAAGUAUGUACUUUAUAUUUAUCUAAUCUAUUUUAUCUGUGUACUUCCCCCUUUCUCAUUCUCGUUCUGUCUCUCUGAAUUACUUUAAUAUUUUUUUUCUUUAUUUGUUUGUGUUAAUCAAAAAUUUAAUGGAUCCCAACCCACCACCACCACCAGACUGUAAUAUUGUCAUCAAUAAGAAUGACGGAGGAAUAAAUAUCAUGCAAGAGGAGGACUAUCAUUCUUCAUCAUCCGCAACAACAAUGAGCGUUAAUACCGAAACUGCUCUGAUUGUCACUGAAUCUACAACAGAUGAACAUAAAGCAACAUCACCAGGUAAUUCUUGCCAUACUGAUAAUAACAUCAACAGCAGUACUAGACGAGAUCUUCGGUACUGGAUUUUACUAGUGAUCACAUACGCAGCCCUUGUGGUGGGUUCCGUCUCAUCGAGUCUACUCUCAAGGUUUUAUUUCAUCCAUGGUGGUUCAAGCAGAUGGGUUUCUACUUUUGUUCAAUCUGCUGGUUUUCCUGUCCUCCUCGUCCCCAUUUAUCUCCCAAUGCUAUUCAACAAGAAUCACAACAAACCAUGGCCUUUUUCAAGCUUCACUCUUAAGCUGCUGUUAAUAUCAAUAGCUAUAGGUCUUAUGCUUGGGGUUAAUAAUCUGUUGUUCUCAUGGGGCGUGUCUUAUCUUCCUGUUUCAACCGCAUCUCUUCUGCUAUCAACUCAAUUAGCUUUCAAUCUUAUCCUGUCCGUUAUCAUCGUCAAACAAAAAGUAACCUUCAAAAACCUUAACUGUGUGGUUCUCUUAACCCUAAGUUCAGUGCUAUUGGCUUUGACACACAGUCACGACAGACCCGAGGGUGUCUCUCAGAAACAAUACUUUUUGGGCUUCUUUUCUAUUCUGGGUGCGGGUUUGCUUUUCGCUCUCUACCUACCGCUUGUCGAUAUGAUUUAUAGCAGAAACGUCAAGAGUUAUGAGUUGGUGAUGGAAAUGCAGUUCGUCAUGGAAUUGGCAGCGACCGUGCUGGCGACGGUUGGGAUGUUGGCAGACGGCGGAUUCGGGGAGAUGAAAAAAGAGAGUUUGAGCGUUUUUAAUCUCGGUACAACUAGUUACUGGCUGACGAUUGGGUUCACGAUAUUUUGUUGGCAAUUUACUUUCAUGGGGACGGCGGGUUUAGUGUUUCUGACGACGUCACUGAAUAGUGGGAUAUGCAUGACGGCGAUACUUUCGAUGAAUGUGGUUGGUGGAGUAUUGGCUUAUGGUGAUUCGUUUGGUGGGGCCAAGGCGAUUUCUACAGUGCUGUGUGUUUGGGGGUUUUCUUCUUAUCUCUAUGGUGAAUACAUUAAGAUGAAGGACCCUAAAAAGGAGUUAUUACUGGAAGAGGAAAAUGGCGAAGAAAAUAGAAUAGAAAUGAAGACGAUGAAUCAUAAUCAAGAUUCACGUAUUGUUGCCUAAACAAGGGAUGCUGUUUUAAUUGAACAUUACUAAAUAGAUUCAUCGAAAAAUUAAUUUAGCAAAUGCUAUACAUAUAUUUCAACUGCGGUUCUAAUGUACACAUAAAGAUUACAAAAACUUAUGCAGAUUUUUCUGCGGUAUCUUA